GGCAAAUCGAUCGCUAUUUUUGACAUACAACUUUUACCGUUUGUUUUACAUUUCUUUUUUUUUAAGGUUUUUAAGGUUAGACGUUUAAUCGAAUGAAAUCCAUGGAAAAAGAAAUCAUCGUAAACAGCAUCGCUUGCAAUUACGAAUAUAAUUUUCUUUUAUUCUUGUUUCUCCUUAAGAACUAUUUUCAAAAGAUUGUAUUUUUUAGAAUAUGCGCGCGUGUAUUUCGUGUAAGUUUGUAUUUAUUCAGCUCUCUGAACUUCGCCAUUGCAUAUUCGAUAUAUGGAAUUAACCUCAUUCGGAAAGAUGCAUCAAGAAUUUAACAUCCGUAAAGAGUUUCAUCGAGGUUAACUAAAAAUUUCGCAUCGAGAUUCUCUCAGAAAGAAAUUUUAUUUAUAUCGAAGAAGGACACAUGCAUUAUAGUGUGUCGUGAUCAAUGAGAAAAUAUUCCUCGCGAAAUGCAUCGACACGUGGAAAUAUUAAUAAUUCUGACGACCUUUGCUUGUGCUGAGAAUAUUUUAAUGACUGAGGUCUUUGUCAUACCUAUCAGACCGGAAACUUUCGAUUGGAGUCCAGACGGAAAAUACGAUCAGUUUACGUACCAACCGUCCUUGCUCAAUGCUCCCGAUCUUCCGUCAUGGAUUCACUAUGUUCAUAGUAAAAGAGAUCACGGUGGAUUUCUUUAUGGAGUCGCACCCAAAAAUCAAAAAUAUUUUCAAUUGGAGAUUGUGGGUUUAAACAAGUACACGUACGAAACGAAAUAUAAAGUACUUGACAUCAACGUUCUUGAGAAACAGAAUUUAACGAGAUACGAGGUCAACUUAAAAAUCGAUAAUCUCAAUGUGGAAGAUACGUUUGGUCGUAAUCGAACCGAAAAACUUCUUGAUAUUUUCAGAAACAAACUUUGGACGACUGCCACGGAUUUGUAUGUCACUUUUCUGGCUUCAGCAGUCGAACUUGGUGCACGUUUACCCCUUAAACCUGGAGAAAGCGAGGGAGUCGUCAUGAGACUGGGUAGUUCAAUACCAUUUUCACAAGAAUUGAUUGAACUUCAAGAGGAAGUAAAACCACUUUGGAAGCUACUACCAUCCUGUCCAAGAGAUUUUAAAAGAACGAGCGUGGAGAGAUUAUUCAGAGAAGCCGGUUUUUUAUUGGAUUGGUGUUCCUUCAGACUGAUCGAGAGCGACGAGCAGAAUUUGCAACGAGAAAGUGCGAGACGUGGACCAAGUAUGAAUAUCGUUGGUUUACCAUCCUCUGGAAUUUCUGAACAUACUGAAUGGCAAUGGGCUAGAUCAACGAAAGCUGAUAUUCCUACGAGAAGUUAUUUCAAAGAAAUCGUUACAACGAUCUUCGUACCAACGAUAUUACUUCUUCUUCUGGCCACUUCUCUGAGUACAGCACUUUGUCUUCAUCGUGACAAAAUGAUGGAUCCAGAAUCUCAAUUAUACUUCUAUGAAUUAUUUAAUAUUUUUCAUAUCCAAAAGGAAAUUGUUAGCAAAAAAACAGAACCUUCGUCAGUAGAAACAAUGAGCAAGAAUGGAGUGCAAAUGGUACAAUAUGUAGCUCCUGAGAGAGGUACUUUGAGAUCAUUAUCUGUACCACCUUCUAGUCCUAAUGACUCUUUAACACAUACACCAAGAAUUUCUAGUGACCGUUGUAAUCCAUAUAUUCGACCUAAUCCACCACCUUACACUGGACCAAGCAAUUUGUAUGAGAACAGAUUUCUGACUAUACGAGGAGCCAGGAAAAACGUGGUUUUGCUAAACAAAUACAAUAAAAAUGCGCUUUGGACAGAGAAACUGCAAUAGUUUGCGCUUUGGACAGAGAAACUGCAAAAUCAUCGAAACUGGCUCCAUAAAU